GAGGAAGAGUGCGGGAGAGGGAGGGGGUGUGUGUACGCGCAUUUGUGUGUUAGAGCGAGCGAGAGAGAGAGGGAGAACGCGCGUGCGUGUGUGUGUUACUGUGUGUGCGCGAGGGAGAGAAAGUCAGAGCCGGAGCCAGAGAGACGAGAAAGAUAAAGGAAAAGACAGACGGAACGAUAGACUUGUGCGUUUUUAAAAAAAAAGUGCCGGUCCCCCCUUCUUCUGCCUUUAUAGUUUCCAGCAGACAACAACAACAACAACAACAAAACACCUAAAAAACAAAAACACCCCCCCCCUACCACCAACCCCACCAAAGAAUCGACUGCUUGGAUGAAGCAAAACCUAUCGAUCUGUCAGUACUACUACACCUGGAUUCACUGAGCAGCCGCACAGCAGGCAUGUCCCGAAGGAAGCAGAGCAACCCGCGGCAGAUCAAACGUCCUCUGGAGGAUGGCCUCGAGGAAGAAGAGGAGGAGUGUGUCUCGGAGGAGAACGAGCUCCUGGCCAAAGACGAGUUCUCGGUGGAGGAGAACUUCACGGCUGAGUUUGAGAGCGAGAACAUGAACUGCGAAGACAUGGAGUACUUCUGCAACAAAGGAGAAGAGGACGGCAACCGAGAAGCAGGAGAUGUGGAGAUGGAGGGCCAAGGAGAGAAGAGCAGGAAUGCUGCUGCAGGGCCUGAAGAAUGGGAUGGUCCAAGAGAGCUGGACGCGUUUCUCAAAGAUGGCGAGCGUCGGAUCCACAGCCGGCAGCAGCUUCCUGUGGGGACAACAUGGGGACCGUUUGAAGGAAAGAUUGAGAUGAGCACUGACACCACUGCACUGGUAUGUCCUGUAACUAUAUAUGUAACACAAGAAAGAAAAAUAAUGACAGAAAGGGGGGCUUCACAUCAAAAUGCAGUAAAAUUGUCAUUUUAGAAGAGAAUCGGCUUC